AUGGACAGUCUCGUACGCUUCUACACCGCGACCCCUACGCCAAUCCUCGUUAGGAUCGCCGUUGCCGUAGGCGUCGUUAGCUUCUUCUCCCUCUACGUCGCUCUUCACUUCGUCGCGCCCCGGCCGCGCCCAGUAUACCGCAGCGAGAAGCACUACAGAACCACGACCCAGGAUGGCAAGACUGUGGUGCGCAAGCUGCCCUGCUGGCACGACCGCUGGCUUGCCGAGCGCCACGCCAGCGAGACCAGAACCAAUAACGACGUCUACAUCCCCGACACCGGCGCCAUCGAGCCCGCCUCGCUGCGCCUGAGCGUCGUGAUCCCAGCAUAUAACGAGGAGGAGCGCAUCUUGCCUGCUUUGGAGGAGGCAGUGAAGUACCUGGAUGCCAAGUUCGGCCGCGACCCGAAGCCCGCGGUCACCGCUGAGAAGAUCACUAGCCCGACCACAUCCCAUCGGAAGAUUAGGAACUCGCCCAGUGUGGACCUGGCCGGGUAUGAGAUCAUCAUCGUCAACGACGGCAGCAGGGACAAGACGGAACAGGUGGUGCUGAACUUUGCGGCCAAGAACGGCCUCCACGACAUCCUCCGCUUCGUGUCGCUCGAGCGGAACCGGGGCAAGGGCGGCGCCGUCACCCACGGCCUGCGACACGUCCGGGGCGAGUACGUCAUCUUCGCCGACGCGGACGGGGCCUCCAAGUUCAGCGAUCUGGGCAAGCUCAUCGAGGGCUGCGACGACGUCAAGGACGCCGGCGACCGGGGCGUCGCCAUCGGUAGCCGUGGGCACCUGGUGGGCAGCGAGGCCGUGGUCAAGCGCUCGGCCCUGCGCAACUUCCUGAUGCGCGGCUUCCACCUCGUGCUCAUGAUCCUGACGCCGCCGGCCACGUCGCGCAUCCGCGACACCCAGUGUGGCUUCAAGCUGUUCUCGCGCGCCGCCCUGCCCCACAUCGUGCCCUACAUGCACGCCGAGGGCUGGAUCUUCGACAUCGAGAUGCUGAUGCUGGCCGAGUCCGCUCCCGCCGUGCCUGUGCGCGGCAGCGACGGCGCUGUUAUUGGCAGCAGCCCCGGCAUCAAGGUCGCCGAGGUGCCCAUCGACUGGCACGAGGUGGACGGGAGCAAGCUCAACGUCAUCCAGGACAGCAUCCGCAUGGCGUUGGGUCUGGCCGUGCUGCGGGCGAGCUGGAUGUUUGGCGUCUACAGACGACGGCUCACAUAG